AUGUCCAGCUUCAAGAAUAUCAGACGGGUGCUCAUUGCCAACAGGGGCGAAAUUGCUGUGCGGAUCAUCAAAACCUGCAACAAGUACCAGCUGACGGCCGUUGCCAUCUACUCAAAAGAAGAUCUCGAGUCACUUCAUGUGAGUUUGUCGGAUGAGGCUUAUUUGUUGAGCGGAGUUGGAGCUAGCGCAUACACCAACAUCCCAGAGAUUAUCGAGCUGGCCACAAAGCACAACAUCGACGUUGUCAUUCCUGGCUAUGGCUUUCUUUCUGAGAACUCGGAGUUUGCAGCAGAGCUGGCCAAGAACGGCAUUCUUUUUGCCGGUCCUUCUUCAGAGUCUGUCGAGCAGUUUGGUUUGAAACACCUGGCUCGUGAGAUUGCAAUCAAGGCAGACGUGCCUGUGGUUCCUGGAACCAGUCUGAUCAGCGACAGCGAGGAGCUAAUUUCUGAAUGUAACAAAAUCGGGUAUCCUGUGAUUUUGAAGGCCACAGCAGGAGGAGGAGGAAUGGGUCUCAAGGUGUGCUACAACGAAGGCGAACUUGUGGCAAACUUUGCUGAGGUCACUUCCAGAGGCACGUCUCUUUUCUCCAAUGCCGGUGUUUUUGUCGAAAAGUACAUCGAGAAAGGUCGCCACAUCGAAGUCCAAAUGUUUGGUAAUGGUCUGGGUGAUGUGGUCACUUACGGAGAAAGAGAGUGUUCUAUCCAGAGAAGACACCAAAAAGUCAUUGAAGAAUGUCCCUCGCCGUUUGUGUCGGAUCUUGGUAGCAAGCACAACCUGCGCGAACGUCUGACCUCGGCAGCAAAACGUCUGGCCUCCACCAUCAAGUACAAGUCUGCCGGCACAGUCGAGUUCUUAGUGGACGACACGACCGGCGACUUCUACUUCUUGGAGGUCAACACCCGGUUGCAGGUGGAACACGGAAUUACAGAAAUGGUGUAUGGCGUCGAUUUGGUUUAUUUCAUGCUGUUGCAAGCAGAAUACGAAAGCAACUCGUCUGGGAUUCCCGUUGAACUUUUGAAAGCCAAUUUGAAAUACGACAAAAACGGCGUCGAGAUCCCCAACGGCCAUUCGAUCGAAGUCCGUGUGUACGCGGAAAAUCCAGUUCGCAACUUUGCUCCGUGUCCCGGAAUUUUGCAUAAUGUCUCGUUGCCGGAAGACGGCACUUACGGGGAAUACCAGGUGCGAAUUGACCACUGGAUUGAGACCGGUAGCAAGGUGUCGCCUUACUUUGACCCGCUUCUGGCCAAGGUGAUGGUCUGGUCUCCACUCCGGACCAGUGACAACAUGAUCAAGGUUUUGAAAGAUAUCAAAAUCCAGGGCCCAGUCAACAACGUGGAGUACUGUAUUCAUAUUCUGGACAGCCCCGAAUUCCGCUCAGGAAAUACGCUGACCAGCUUCUUAUCAGGAUUUGUCUUCAAGCCGCAUUUAAUUGAGUUCGAAAGCGGAGGAGCAUACACCACCAUCCAGGACCUUCCUGGAAGACGUAAGGUCAGGUUUGGAGUGCCUAUUGGUGGCCCAGUUGACCCGCUGGCUUUGCAAAUAGCAAACGUCAUUGUUGGCAACCAUUUGCACUGUGAAGCUCUCGAAAUCAACCUCAAGGGACCGGCUAUCCGUUUCCAUGCUCCAGCAGUGGUUGCCCUUGCUGGUGGCAGAUUUAAAGUCACACUUGAUGACAAGGAUGUUCCUAUGUAUACAGAGUUGUUCAUUCCGGCCGGCAGUCUCCUUGAAAUCGAAGAGCCCCUAGGCUCUGCCGCAAAGUGCUAUUUGGCAAUCAAAGGCGGAUUCCCUGGAGUUGCCAACUACCUUGGCUCCAAGGGCUGUUUGCCAAGUCUGCAACUUGGUGGCCACCAGGGAAGAAUUAUUCUCCCAGGAGAUUGUCUUGAUAUUUCAGAACGAGACCAAAUUGAGGUCUUCAAGACCGGCUACCAAUUCCCUGAGUCGCUCAUUCCUGACUACGAAAGACUCACGAACGUCGUCCGUGUUAUUGGUGGUCCUCAUGACACGCCAGAUAUUGUCUCUGAAGAAGGAAUGGAGCAACUCUACUCCAUUCCAUACUCUGUUAAUUUCAACUCCAACAGAGGUGCGACCCGUCUGGACGGCCCAGAAAUGAAGUUUAGCAGGCCUUCGGGUGGUGACGGCGGUGGCCACCCAAGUAACGUGCUAGAAUAUCCUUAUCCUACCUGUGGUUUGUCUGCUGUUGGGUCUGUGAUGACUCUUUACGGGCCGGAUGGAGCCACUGCCUCUGGAUUUGUCUGCAUUUUUGCUCCUGCGGAGGCAGACUUUUGGAAGUUCGGCCAGGCUGCCAUCAACAGCAAAAUUCACUUUACUCCUAUCACGUACAACGAUGCUAUCAAACUCAUGAAGCAGCGGAAUGAGUAUCUGGAGGAGAUUUCCAAACGUCCUAGCAGCUCGUCCAUAAAGUUCAACGACGAGCUUCCUGAGUACGAGCCACUAGAAAGCAAGGUUGGCAAGUUUUUGUACAGACGGAAAUUGUCAGAAACCUUGCCAGAGGUUUGCUUUAGACAGGCAGGAGAAAGAAUGAUUGUGAUCGACUUUGGUAACUUGGAAUUCGAUCUGUUCAAAAACGGCCGCCAGCACGUGAUGGAGACGGAAAUCAGAAAGCAGCUGCCAGGAAUGUUUGAGAGUAUAGAGUGCUGUACAGGAGCCAUGGGAGUCCUGUUUGAUCCAAUGGAAGUGGACAGAGCUGAUCUGCUGGAGAAGCUGAUCAAUUUGGAAGCAUCUAUCCCGCAGAUUGACAAGCUGAAGAUUCCAUCAAGAACAUUUAGACUGCCGGUCGCCUUUGAACAUUCGGCCCUCGACCACUGUUUGGAGAGAUAUAUGCACUCUCAACGCUCCCAUGCCACGUACUUGCCGAAAAAUACCGACUAUCUCAUGAAAGCAAACCUUAUCAAGGACAUGGAGCAGUUUAAGAGCUGCAUUAUAGGCAAGCCCGAAAUGGUGGUUGCAAUUACGUUCCUAUGUGCUAACGUGCUGAUGGCCACUGUGGACCCUCGAUGCAGACUUUCUGCCUCGAAGUACAACCCUACACGUACGUCGACUCCUAGCGGAACGAUUUCUACCGGCUCUGUGUUGCAAUCCAUCUAUCCCCAGGAAUCCCCUGGAGGAUAUAUGAUGUGGGGUAUGACGCUGCCAAACUGGUACUGGGAUACGUUCUGCAGAAUCCACGAGAACCCAUGGCCUUUUAGAGUGUUUGACCAGGUGGUUUUCUAUGAGGUUGACGAGGAAGAGCUGCAAAGAAUGAACAAUCUACUGCUCACGAAAAAAAUGAAGAUCGAGCCUACCGAGGGUGUUUUCGAUUUCGUGGAGUACAGGAAUUUCCUUGACUCGAUUGACGACGAGCUCAAAGAUUUGAAAAAACGCAAGCUUCAGGCUUUUGAAGAGUGCAAUCGUGAGGAACAGGCUGACUUUGAGCUGUGGCAGCAAGAAAAGGCUGCUGCUGCUGCCUCCAAAUCAAAAUCCGACGACAUUAGCAACGUUCCUGGAGCAAUCAAGAUCACGUCGCAUAUGCCAUCCAACGUGUUCAAAAUCAAAUGCAAGGCCGGAGACGUUGUUGCUAAAGAAGAUCCGCUUGUGAUUCUGGAAGCUAUGAAGAUGGAAAUUCCUGUGCAUAUCAAGGACAAGUCUAGUUUCCAAAAAUACGAGGUUCUGGGAGUUAUUGUCGAGGAGGGAGAUAUUGUCAACCCAGGCGAUGUUCUUAUGAUCAUCAAGGGUGUGGAGUCGAUUUAG